GAUAAGAACGCGUUUCUUUUAGGAGUGGCCUCAGCGGGCAGCGAGGUCACUACUGUCGAUAAUUGAGCCAGGGGAGCGCAUUUCAGCAUUUCAGUGUUGAAAACCACACGUGAUAAUAAAUGCCAUCGCUGCUCCGGCGUAGGACGCCAGGGCGAGCUUGUGCCCUGAUACUCUUGACUAUCGCUUUCUACACAGCCACGCUUUGGCGGUUUCCGGCCUUCGUGGAACAAAAAUAUGGCGCCAAACAAAAGCUAUGGGCACAGUUCCUGGGCACAUGCCAGUGCGACUCCACCAACUGCACGGAGGCGUUUGACCUCACGAUGAUGCACGGUAGCCUGUACAAUCGGCUCCUGGCAGCAGCGCUGCAGCCACAGCAGCAGGCAGCGGCAGGCAGUGGCAGCGGCACCAGCGACACUGCCGGUGGCAGCGGAGGCGGGGCCGGAGCUGGGAGCGGCAGGUUUGGUGGCCUGCUGCCGAGCGCGCCGCAGAGCGCCCGCCCGCCGCAGCCCAGGCCGGUGAUACAGCAUCUGGUGUGGCAGCCCCACAAGCUCGCCGCCGCCUACCCCUGGCGGCUGCGCAUGUACGCGCAUAUGGGCCUCAUGCUGCCGCGCAGCCUGGCGCUGCUGCACGCCUGGUGGCUGUCUUCCACAGAGGACCUGGCACUCGCGCUGGCGCACCUGUCGCAAGGCGUGCCUCUGGUUCUGGACCCGGACUCAUCCGCGGGGCUGCGAGUGGAGCCAGAUGCUGUGCUGCGCUGCAGCUUGGCGGACCCAGAGCAGGACCCAGACCAGGCAGCUGCAGGAGGGGGGCCGGGCGGGCUGCCCUUGGAGCAGCAGGGGAAUGGGACAAGUGGAGGCCGGCGGCGGCGCAGUGCUGCGGCUGGUUCGGGCCUGGGCGGGGAGGGGCCAGAGGACGCCGAGGAGGGGGCCGCGGACGUGGAUGAGGAGGACGAGGACGGUGAUGGUGACGAGGACGAUGGCGAUGAUGACGGCGAAGGCGGCCAGCCUGAGGAUGGGGCGGCUGAGUCGGAGGGCGUGCCGGAAGCAGCACAGCCACCGGCGCUGACGCAAGGGCUAAACGGCGAGGCCGACCGCGUGGAUGUUGUGGCGGAGGACCCGACCGCCGCUGCCGCGCAGGCGGCCCUUGAUGCGGCAGCAGGCGGCAGUGCCGGCGCUAAUAGUGACAGUCAUGCGGGCGGCGAGGCGGUUGCGGCAGGCGCCGGCCAGGAAGGAGCCGGCAAACCAACAGCAGCCGGUGACGUGUUGCCGGCGCCGGCAGCAGCUGGCGCUGGUGCUGGUGCCACGCCAUUGCGGCCGGCUGGCAAGCGCGCGCGGGGCGGCGCGGCUAGCGGCAUCGGCGCCAAGAAGCGCCGGUGGGGCGGGGCGGACGCGGAGCCGAUGCGGCCGUUCCGGUGUGUGGUGCUGGAGGCGCGGGGCCGCAUGCCGCUGCUGAAUUUGAACACAGCGGCACCGAAGCCUGCUGCUACGACGGCGCCGGCCUCGGACACGGAGUCCUCAGAGACGUCAGAGCCCUCAGAGGCGCAGCAGCCUUCACCCGAGCAGUCGCAAACGCCAGAGCCAGCACCGUCUGCCGGCGAGGACGGCGCUGAGAACUGUGGAGCAGAUACCAACAUGAGCGCUGCCGCUGGUGGCGGCCAGUCUUCGCAGCGAUGCCGCGCUCCGGCACCGCCGGCAACCGAUGCAGUGACAGCCAGCUGCGCCGCCGUGGGCGAGGGUGAGAACGGCUCGUGUGCGGCUGCUGCUGAGGGCACAGUAGCUGGCAGCGAGGCAAUAAAUAGCACCGGCGCACCAGCCCAACCAAACAACAUAGAUGCAGCGACUGCAGCAAGCAAUCGCACCACAGCCGCCGGCGCAGGGCGCGGCCGUGCCGGGACAGGUACCGGCGCAGGCCGCGCCGGUCGGCGGCAGCGCCGCCGCGGCGCCACCGGCGGCCCCCGCGACACGGCUGCCGGCAGCUCGGUGUGCCGCAACGUUAUCUUCGUGCGGCCGCCUCAGCGCGCCGAGCUGGCUGACCACGUGCGGGAGGUGGAGGCCUCCCCGCUGGGGCUGCCGCCGGUGGAGCUGCUGCGCCGCAUGAUGCCCAAGGCCGCCGAGCUGGCGGGCUGGUUGGUGCUGCCGCACGCCAUGCUGGCGCGGUACGUGCUACUGCUGUCCAACCCGCCGCCGGCGCUGCUGCUGGGCGCGCCCGGCGUGGGGCCGGCGCCGCAGGCGGCGGCAGCCAUGCCGGGCGGCAGCUCAGGCGUGUUCAGCUUGGGCGCGUGGGACGGCGCCGAGGCCGGGGCUGGGCACGUGGGCACGGCGGUGCGGCUGCUGGCGGCGUGGCUGGGGCGGAUGCCGCUGCUGCACGUGGGCACGCAGCUGAUGCUGCUGGCGGGUGGGCUUAUGACGUUCUGCGACCUGCAGCUGUGGAGCCGGGUGGCGGCGGAGCUGGCGUCGCUGAGGCGGCCGCGCCGGCCCUGGCCGCGCCGGCGGCUGGCGGCGUGGCGGGUGCUGUAUGAGGGCCUGGUGCAGCCCCAGCGGGAGGCGUUGCUCUCCUGGAACAUCACCCACUUCGUGCUGCUGCCGCUACUGCGCAUGGCGCUGCCGGCUUCCGCUCUGGACGUGGCACUGCUGCUGCCGCUGGUGUACAGCGUGGGCGUGCUGGGGGCAGGCAACAGCGACGUCGCGGCGCGGGCAUCAGCGGCGCUGCUGCGGGUGGCCCGGCGCGUGCGGCGCCAUGAGGGCGGCUACCACCUGAUGCUGCUGUCGGUGGUGGAGGGCGCCGACCCCGCAGCCCUGCCGGCCGGCUGCCGCCUGCUGCUGACUGCCAUCAUGGACAGCGGGCUGGGGCCGCCCGCGCGCGCGGCUGUGGCGGCCGCCAUGCUGGAGGAGGCGCCCGCACUGGCGGCAGCCCUGGCGGCGGAGGCGCAGCGGCGGGAGCAUGCGGCAGCGGCCGCUGCAGGUGGCGCCGGCGCAGCGGGUGCGGGUGCGGGUGCGGGUGCUGAGACAGGCGCGGACGGAGGUGCCGCCGGCGGCGGCUUCGGGCCGGGCGGAGAGCUGGCGGCGGCGAUGCAGGCUCAGGUGGCGCCGCCGGUGGACCGGCAUCUGCGGCUGGGCGAUGCCGCAGGCGGGGCGGUGGCGGGUGCAGCGGGCGGCGAGGAGGGGGCUGCGGCGGAGGAGGAGCUGGAGUACGACAGUGAUGAGGAGGACGAGGACGCGGCCCAGGGGCAAGGCCGCGCAGGCGGUCCCGUGGUGCUGCGCUGGCCGGCACCGCUGCAGCUGCCACCCGAGGUCGCGGACUGGGAGGAUGUGCCCAGGGGCUUCACGUGCGCCAUCACCCAGGGGCUCAUGCAGCAGCCCGCCAUGCUUGUGUCGCCCGACCUGCCCUCUGCGCCCACCUACGAGCGCGCCGCCAUCCAGCAGUGGCUGGCGUCUCAAAUGCGCGACCCCAAGUCCAACACGCCGCUACGCUCGUACAGCCUCCUGCCCAAUGACGAUCUGAGCCGGGCCAUAGAUGACUGGGUGCACUGGCGGCUGCGGGCGGAAUCCAAGGCGGCGCGGCGCAGGCAGGCGCGGGACGCCCUGCGAGUGCAGGAGGACGCGGAGGCAGACGCCGCGGGCCCCAGCUCCGGCGCCGCCGCCGCGGACCUGGACCAGGGCUGGGACUCGGGCGCCAGCAGCAGCGGCGACGAGGUGGGUGGUGGCGGCGGCGCAGCUGGAGCCGGAGGCGCCGGGGCGUCAACCUCCACUGGCGGCGGCUCACGGCAGCUGCGGGCGAGGCGCACGAGGUCGGGUGCAGCUGCUCCCACGCGCUCCACCUCGGUUCUGGCGUCACUGGCACGAGGCGCGUCCAGCCUGCUGGAGGGCGGCGCGGAGGUGGUCAGCAGAGGUGUCGCGGCGGCAGCGGCGACGGCAGCAGCGGCGGCAGCGGUGACUGCGGAGGCGGUGACUCGGCAGGGCGUGCGCCGCCGCAAUGCGCGGCGUGGGGCGAGGGAAUGGGCGGCGGCUGGCGUGGAUGGUGUGGUUGAGGAGGGCGCUGAGUAGUACGGAGCCACGGCCCGGCCGUGGCAGUAUGGACGAUACGAAGCACCACAGCAUCAGUGGCAUAGAUACGGCUUCACGGACCAACGGUGGGAUCCCUAACACGCAGAGGAGCUACGAGUAGGCUCUGCAGCUGCAUGCUCGUGAUGGAACAUGGCAAGGGGCAGGAAAGCGUAGCUGCAUGUGUUUCGUUUGAGGGCGAACUUGGAGCAGGCACAUGUUGGUUGCUGUUGGGCCAGCUCUU